CCUGACAUGUCUGGAAGUAUGGAGAUCGACACCACUGAAGAAACUUACACAGAUCAAGAAUUUGAUUUGACUUUGAUUAAAAUACUCAAUGUUUCAUACAUGGUGGGUUUAUCAGGAAUAUGUUUGCUGGGAAUAACUGGAAAUGGUCUGGUCAUCUGGUUUGUUGCCUUCAAAAUGAAAAAGACGGUCAACUCUGUUUGCUUCUUAAGUUUAGCUUUUGCUGAUUUCACCUUCAGCCUUUUCCUACCCUUAUCUAUCACUCACUUUGCCCUUGACUUUCACUGGCCAUUUGGAACCUUCAUGUGCAAGCUUAACCGUUUUGUAUUAUAUCUCAAUCUGUCUGCCAGUGUCCUACAACUCACCGUCAUCAGCAUUGAUCGCUGCAUCUCCGUAGUCUUCCCUGUCUGGUGUCGGAACCAUCGCACCGUGAGACUGGCUGUGAAAGUCAUUCUUGUACUUUGGAUUGUAUCUCUUCUACUCAAUGUAUAUUACAUCAUACAUACACAUACAUAUACAUAUGCUGACAAUGAUAACAUUGUGGAUUGUUAUAUAAAUUGGCCAAUGCACAAGACACAAGUUAUAAUAAGAUGUAUCACUCUGUUUGUUAUACCUUUUACCAUCAUUAUCUUCUGUUACACUCUCAUCUUUUUGCGCAUUCAAAGAAAUCCCAGAAUAACAUCUACCAAACCUUUCAAAGUGAUUGCUGCCGUCAUCAUUUCCUUCUUUAUUUGCUGGUUUCCUUACCAUGUAUUUUCUAUCAUGAAUUCCUACGAAAUUUGAGAGAGCUUUCACCGAGGAUCCCAACCUGACAGAUCCAAAUAGACGCAGAGAUUUACCUGAUCAUGCCAUAAGCCAAAUGUGAUAGAGUUAUUUCACCACAUAUUAAUGGAUGAUGUGGCAAUGUUUGCAGAUAAAUAUGCUUUAUU